GCCUGUAUCAACACCAUCACCGAGCUCCGCCGAUCGACUGCACUCCACCGAUUCGAUUGCUGUAUCUGAUCAGCUCCAACUCGCCGCUAGAGACGCUCUCCAUAGACUCAGACACACACACCUCGCUUCGCCAUGACAUCGAUAGGUACGGGUUACGACCUGUCCAACUCGGUCUUCUCGCCUGAUGGCCGUAAUUUCCAGGUCGAGUACGCAGUCAAGGCAGUAGAGAAUGGCGGCACAGCAGUCGGCAUCAGGUGCAAGGACGGCGUCGUGCUGGCUCUCGAGAAGCUCAUCACCAGCAAGCUGCUGAAGGCAGGCGCGAACAAGAGGAUAGCAACAGUCGACAGGAACAUGGGCAUCGUCUCCUCAGGCCUCCUCCCCGACGGUCGCCACUUCGUCUCCAGAGCCCGCGAUGAGGCAGCCCAAUGGCGGCAGCUGUACAAGGCACCCAUCCCGGUAGCCUCGCUCGCCGACCGCAUGGGCAGCUACGCGCAAGCCUACACCCUCUACUCCAGUGUACGCCCCUUCGGUAUCACAGCGAUCGUCGCAGGCUGGGACUCAGAGGCCGAGCUGCCGGUCGAUGGGCAGGUUGGCUCAGGGCCAAAGGCCGGCUCAGGUGGCAAGAAGGAGGGCGCGAAGCACGGCGGACCUUCUCUGUACAUGAUUGAGCCGAGCGGCCUGUACUGGGGAUACUACGGUGCUGCUACCGGCAAGGGCCGUCAGAUCGCCAAGUCCGAACUCGAGAAGCUCAACCUUGCCGCGGGCGAGCUGUCGCUGCAAGACGGUGUCAAGGAGGCCGCACGCAUCAUCUACGUUGCACACGACGACAACAAGGACAAGGAGUUCGAGCUGGAGCUGACCUGGAUCAGCAAUCUGGACGGACCCACUAAGGGCAGGCACGAGGAGGUACCGAAGGAGAUCAGGGAAGAGGCCGAGAGGCUGGCGAAGAAGGCGCUGGAGGGUGACGAUGAGGAUGAGGAGGAAGAAGAGAAGAUGGAGGAGUAGGCCUCGGCCAGGUGCAUCUCACGCUACACCAUUGGCACACCAUAGACGGUCACCAUGAUAACGAAAUGCUCAUGGAGCACAUUGACGAAC